AUGGACGUACUUCUCUGCACUGUUUUACUAGCACUACUGCAAGCCAAUCUUGGAGUUCAUUCAUUGUCGGAUAUACCGAAUGGUGAACCUACGCAACCAGUAGCUGAUACAGUGACGCCACCACAAACACAAAGUUCUAAUCCAGAUGCUGAUUCACAGGAUAAUAAAAAUGUACAAAAGGAAGUAGCGGAAGUGCUGACGGCUACCGAAAACACAGAAAUAACAACUACCAGUCCUGAUGAAGUGACGGAAAGAGUUGAGGAGAAAAAGAUGCCUAUGCUUGGUGAGGACGAAGACACUAUACCACCUGGAUACAGACAGAAAAGCAAAAAUGAAACUUCAACAGAAGAAGAAAACAAACAAGAACGCAAAGGUAAAUUAGUUGAUGUAGCAGUGCAAACACCUCCUGAAUUCUACAAACCUCAAGCUCUAAAUCGGAUAACACUGUCGUUUUAUAAAACAGUAGUCAAAAUUAUGGAACGAUUAUCAGUAGCCUUCGAGAAAAUAUCCAACGAUGUGGAGAAAUUGAAGGAGAAACUGAAACCCAAUAGAAGCUGA